AGGCGCCUGACGUCAUCAAACCGCGCCAAACAAAGCUUCAUGCGUAAAAGGGAGACAGGAGAACGGGAUAAAGUUUAGUUUUUCUGAGGUUUGAGGUUUUGUAGAAGCGGAAAGUGUGUAAUUUCAACGCUCUGGAGACAUCUUCAGAGCCGAGGUGUUUGUUUGGAGCGGAAACGCUGAAGCUGCUGUGAAGAAUAAACAAAGAAGAAAAUGCCGGUUUUUAAAUUUUAAAGUCCGAAGAGCGAGAGGAAAGCUCAAAACGAUGCUUCUACAUUCCUGUGCUGGUUAAGAAGAAAGAGUAGACGAUCGAUGGAGGGACGACAUCGAGAAAGGAGAGAGGAGGGAGAGGAGGAGACGAUACAUGAGCAGGCGAGAGAAAGAGGGGAACAGAGGGAUGGUUCUCUUAAACCUAAAUCGGGGAUAAAGAUGGAGGAGGAAGAUGAGGGAAAGGAAACAGAAUUGAUGAAGGCUUCUCCCAGAGAUGAAGCUCAAAGUCAGCUGAUUAAUGGACACACCCCAAUCUCUGCCUCUUCCUCUUUCACCUCUUUUCCCUUCAUCUCCUCCCCUCAUCAAGGAAGGGGGGGCGAGGAUGAAGAGGAGGUCAGAGUCGCCAUCCUAACUGUUGAGGACGAGUCCUGUCCUUCAGAGCCCUUUGGCACCACCCAGUUUGAACCAACCAAUGAGGAUAAUGGACAGGCAGAGAGUGGAGGGGAGGGGAAGGAGGAUGGAGAGAUGGAAGGAGAGGAGGAGGCGGCAGAAGAAGAAAAUGAGGAGGAGGAGGCGGCAAAUGCUGAGGAGAGAGAGGAGGAAGGGGAGCUGGCGUCACCUGAGGCUCAUCUGCAACUUAAGACACACCUACAUGAUGUUUCUGACUGAUGUCAUCGAGCUGCAGGCUUCAAUCAGAUGACUAAAAGAAGAGGGAUUCGGUUUGACAGUCCUUCACUGAAGUCUGUGGGAGAGCUCUGCAGCGGUGAAGGUGGUGCUAGAGCAACAACCUGCAGUGGGUGGGGAAAAAUGCUUUGAGGCAAAGACUGCAAAGUUUCAAGCCUCUUUAAAAAAAUAAAAAAUAAAAAAAAUAUGACCAUUAACCAUACAGUGUUAACUCAUCCACCAUUUUUGAUGUGCGACAGUUGUGGUCAAGUGAAUAAGGGCGCAGUCACACAGACCUGCAGACUGGUACCCCACCAUAUGGAAAAAGUAAAAGCUGUACCUUUUGAAACAUUUUUGCUGUUUUGCCAAGUC